AUGGCAGCAGCAAUUGCUCAUGUAUUCCCAAACACAGCCCACCGCCUAUGUUUGUGGCAUAUUGGCCAAAAUGCUGUCAAACAUCUUAGUCCUAUAAUUAAAGCGGCAGAGGACAAGGCAGAGGACGAGGCAGAGGACAAGUCAGGUAACAAGUUUAACAAGUUCUGGGCGGAUUUCAAAAGUUGUAUCUACGAAGACAGAGCAGAGAUUUACUUCACAGAGAAAUGGGAUGAAUUGUUGGCUAAAUACAACCUUGAGGAUAACACAUGGAUGUCAAACCUAUAUGCUUUGAGGGCAAAGUGGGCUGCGGUAUACCGUGACUCAUUUACAGCAGACAUGCACUCGACCCAGAGGAGCGAAGAUCCACUAAAUGGUGUAAUAUCAUUCAGAAUCCCUCCAGUCAUAAAAGGUCCAAAGGAGACAUGUUUUAAAAAUGUUCUUGAGAAGAACCCAGGAAAGAAGAAGAAGAAGAAGGGUGCCCAGAAGAAAGGUGACGAUCUGGAACAUGAUGAUAUUGAAGCAAGAGACGAACGUGCUGAGACAAACCAAAUAAUUGAUUGUAAUGUUGGGGCAUCUUCAACCAUGAAUGCUCCUUUCGUCCAAGGUGGAUAUACUAAUGUCGCAAUGCCCCCGUUCAAUUUAUUUGCUAAUCCUUCUGCAAUGGCUCCUCCAUACAUACCAGGAGGGUACACAAGUCUCUUAAUGGGAGUUGAUCAAGAUGCUACAACGCAAGCUGCUGUUAGGAAGUUACAUUUUGAUGAAUCUAUGUAG